UUGGGAAAAUGCUGCUUCUACUUCUCGGAAUCAUCUUCCUGCACGGGGCAGCUCUAGUGCUCCUCUUCGUGUCAACGAUUGUCAGUGCGUGGACUGUAGGCUAUUCCUCCACCUCGGAUUUGUGGACGAACUGCACACAAACCAAUGGCGCAUACAGCUGCGAAACGGGCGAAACUGGAGAGUGGAUACAGGCGGUGCAGGCUCUCAUGAUCCUGUCCAUCAUCUUCAGCUUCAUCUCACUCUUCCUCUUCUUCUGCCAGCUCUUCACUCUGCAGAAGGGCGGCCGCUUCUUCCUCACCGGCGUCUUCCAGGUCCUCGCAAGUCUGUUUGUCAUGAGCGGUGCCAUCAUCUACACAGUGAAGAGUCCGGACUGGGUGCAUGAGUCGGAGUCCUACGGCUUUGCCUACAUCCUGGCCUGGGUGGCCUUCCCCUUGGCGCUGAUCAGUGGACUGAUCUACCUCAUCUUAAGAAAGCGUGAAUGAGAACCCUGACCCUUGACCCCUGACCUUUGACCCCCACCAACAACCUCCCCUCACUAUCCCCAACUCCCUCACCCCCUAAAAUUCCACCCUACCUUACCCCAACUUCCAUCCCCUCUUAUCAACUCCAGAUAACUAAGCUCUGAAGCCAAAACACCCCCCCCCCCCCCCGCUCCAAAGUAUAUCCCCCCUCUCCCCAGAGAAAACUUCAUCAACCUCUGUCAAGAACCCAUGGGCAACACCUCCCUUGAGAAAGAUACAUGCACCCCAAAAACCAGACCUGUAACAAUCAAUACUGUCAUAAUUUGAAGAUGUAUAUAGUAUCGAUGGUUUAAAACCUAUUUAUAACACUUUUUACAUAUAUGUACAUAGUAUUGUUGUGUUGCUUAGUCGACAAAAAAUAUAUACUCUGAAGAGCUUGUUGUUGCCAUUUAAAUGCCUAAAAGAGUGUUUGCCAUGGUUUAGUUACACCAUUAGUCAGUUUUUGUUUGUGUUUAGUUUUGUUUUCUUAUAAUGCUAAGGAAAAAUAUAAAUAAAAAUGUGUUGAAGUAUUUUAACCAAAGUGCAUGUACAGUAUAAAGUAUAGGGCCUGAGGGAAACUGUUUUGAUCUAAGAUAUACAGCGAAGUGACACAAAAGCAAAACUGCAUACAUAUACAGUUUGAAAAAUGUAGAUUCUUUCAGUUGUUUUUUUUGUUUGGCUUUUUUUGUAAGAUGACAAUCAUUUGAAAAUCUUUUUUGUCAACAAGAUGGUGCUAUGAUAUUACCAUUCCUUCUAUUGAUAGCCAUUUAGCCUUUAUUUAGGGUAAAGUUAUGCAGUUGAAAUCUUGAAGUAGAGUGUCAAACAGUUUUGAGCAGACAUUCACAUGUGCCUUUUGUUGUCUGUGCAAGUAGCACUCAGCUGACUAAUAUGUAAAUUUUUCAACAUUUUAAACUUUCUUCCGCUCUUUUUUUAAAAACGUGUCUAAAAGUAGCCAAGUGCUAUUCAUUGUAAGCUCAGUUAAGUGUUUGUUUUGUGAAACAAAUCUGGUUUCUGAAACAUGGUUCAUUUCCACUGAACAAUAUUUUUUAUUUAUUUUGUGUAAUGGUGAGGCAGUUGUGAUUGGCAGACAGUAUUAAACACAAACAGUAACAAUGUUUAUUAUUGAUUUUUCAUUCUUUUCUUUUUUUUCCAGCAAAACCUUUUUUUUUGCCUUAGCUAGGAAUAAAAGCAUCAUGUGUGGGCUGUACUAGAAUUAGUGUGUUGAAAAAUAUCUUGGAUUCGGCUAACACUAAUGCUUAUUACGAUGCUUUUUAUCUUUCUUUUUGCCCCUGAAGCAUUUUGUUGCUUUACGUGGGAUGCAGGUCUUGGGGCACAGGUGUAUUCACUCCUGUCCACUCAGAUGCUCAAAGACAACUUGCAUUCAGUGGGUCACUUCCUGACCAGAUGCUGCAUCCUUGACUAUUCCACCUAAAUGGACUUAGUACUGUCCAAUAAGAUUAUGGCCAAGAUAGCUAUCAAAGAGUGUGACAACGAAGAACCCUUUAAUAUUUAUGCUAAAUAUUUUGUUGUAGACUUCAUGUACUGCACUUACCUACUGAUUUUGAAUAUAUACAGAAGGUAUCAAUGAUGAUGUGUUACAAAUAAUUCAAUGAUAAAGACUAACAUUUGAAGAGGACGAACCAUGUCUCGGAAUUGACUGUGUUGCAUGUGUGUUGGAUAACUGACCCUUUGGGAGAAAAUGGAAGGAUUUUUGCAGCUACCUGUGCAAAAUAUCUGACUCAUACUUGAAUGUGACAAGCUGCAAUCUCUUGUCUCCUUGAGAAGCAGGUGUGCCUGUACCUUUUUGUUCUUUCCACGUGUCCUAAUUAGGCAUCAUCUUGGCGCCAGCAAAUUUGAAACAUCAUUUGCAUCUGUUAGGAAGGGUUUUGAAAAGUAUUUUGUUUUUGUUUUUAAACAACUAAAAGAUAUCACAUAUACUAAAUGAUUUAGAUCAAGGUAUCCAACAUGCAGGGCUGCUUAGAACUUACAGGGACAGUUUCUUGUACAUUGAUUAAGUCGGGUCUUAGACUAAAAGAUAAAUUCAGCAAAGAUAUCCACUGAAAUGAAAAGGUUUUAGAUUAGUUUUUAAGAUAUGGCUUAAUCCAUGUAUGGGAAACCCGUCCACAGGGUGUGGUAUCAGCAAGAUUAGAAAGCAAAAGUGUGUUUGCCAUCAUCUGUGUUAAAGCACCAUGCUUCAUCAAGGGAUAGCACUGAAACCAAAUGAAAUAAACUUUUGAUGAAUUGCCUUGACAAUGUUUGCUGAAUGUGUUACAUGUGCUGUAAUUGUCCAGUUUGUGCUUUAUGCACUAUCCAGAACCAAUCAUGAAAAGAAAAAGAAAAACGUACGCACAUAUGGAAAAGUAGACUUUCUGAUCAUUUCAUUUUCGCCAACAGUAGCCUAGUGGUAAAAUGCCAACUCUGCAUGUGCCUAGGAACAGCCAGUUUAAACACGUACAAAUCAGUGCAGUUUGUUCUCUACAGUAAGUUGGACCUUAGAUUGAGUAAUUGCCUACCAUUAGCCUACUGUUAACUAACAGCAGAAGUGUGUAUGUGUGCGGUAGGCCUAUAGACAUGUUGCGUUAUCAUUGGUUACUCCGUUACUGUGAGGUCGUUUGCCAGAUGACUCGGGAGCUCUCGAUCAGCUGAUCGCCUUAAAGCUGUCAUGCAAAGUGUCUGAGGAGCGUGGCUGCUCUGGUGUCAACGGCGUCGCGUUUCACUGUCGGGUGUUGGGAAUGAGGUAGACCAACCCUUGUGAAUUCCAUGCACGCGGUUCACCUUACCGAGCCGACGGCAUCCAUGGGCCUACUAGGCUACUUCUCGCUGGGACGUAAAAUCACUGCCGAAUCAACAAAAACAUUCAGACCAGAAAAAACGGAAGCUAUGUUCGAAAUGCCUUAAACCUGUCACCUGAGGGGUUGACUCAAGAUCAGAGAGGAAACGUGGCUUUUUUUUUACAUGACCUAUAGCCUAAGCUCCCAGGUUAACGACAGUCUAUUUGAAGUACUUCAGCAAAUCACUGAUUUGUAUUGUGAAACGCAUUUAGUCUGAGGAGCAGAACGCUCCAAUGAAGACUGCUUUGUUGCCUGUUCUGCCUUUACAUCCUGAGUCAUUAUGUCACUUGAUCUUUUUGCCAUAUGCGUGCUGAGUGUUAUGUUUCAAGUUUAUGUUUAACUCAAUUAAAAUAUUGUUUUCAAAAUAAAGGAUGUUGCUUACCACA